CAGACGGAGGCAUGUUCAGUAAGUCUGUUUUCUUCUAGGAACCUGUAACCAUCAAUCACCAGCAGCAGGCCUUGUUUUCCUCUCUGCUGCCUCCACACCCAGUCUGCAUGUUUAUGAUGCUGCCUUCAGGCUCGGCCAGGAAAUAUGAGCAUGUGUUUUGAUGAGCGUUGCACACGAGUUACCUCACUAAAGUUGUAAGUAGGACUGAGGAAGUAAGACACCGGCGUUGUCAGGAUGUUAUCCUUAAGUGUUUGUGGUUGUCACUACGUCACAACGUUGUGUUGUUGUUGUUUUGUGCAGACUUGUUCUCAUGCUUUGCUUCUGUGGCCUCGCCUGCACUAAAAGGACAGUCUGUUGAUAUCUUCUUACCGAGAGCGUGUGCAGUCGGUGUCAGAUAUGCAGGAAAGAGGUGAAGGUUGAUCGGCCCCGAUGAGGUCGUUGUUAUGAGACUUUGUAAUAUGUCAUACGUAACAGUCGGGGUCUUGAACCUGGAUGCAUGGUCUGGUUUUUAGCCGCUGCAGCGGAUUUCACUUUACACAAACACACACACCGAAACCCUCUAAGUGUGUUUUAUUCUUGUUGAAAAGUUUUGAGAAGUUUUGUUGUUGUUUUGACCAAAUAACGUUUUUAAAAAGCUCACGUCAACAAGUGUCAAGCACUGAGAAGUCGGCCCGUCAGAGGAGCACCUGAAGGCAUCACCAGCCUUUCGAGCUGCUCUCUGGAGGCCUUACAUAACGUGGAGGCCACGCCCACUUUCUCCGGCUGAAAUAGGGCCGCGGACGGAAGGCUCCACAGUCCGAGCGAAAAGUGAAUGAAAAACACACUUCAGGACACGAAAAUAUAUUUGAAUACACCGCGGGACCAGAACUCAGAACACAGGAGUCAGAACAGAGGACUUUGCACACAAAAAAAAUGAUUUUCGACAAGUUGAAAAAGUUUGACGUGGUCUUCGACUCCCCGGAGGAGGACUGCCCUCCGGUGUUCAGCAGCGGGGACGUGGUGUCCGGCCGGGUGGUGGUCGACCUGUCCGGGGAGACCCGGGUGGACUCCCUGAAGCUCCACGCCGAGGGGUUCGCCAAAGUGCACUGGACCGAGUCCCGGUCCGCCGGCUCCAGCACCGCGUACACCCAGAACUACAGCGACGAGGUGGAGUACUUGAACCGGAGGGAGGUGCUGCUGCCGGCAGAUAACGGGGAAGCGUUCGUCCUCCCCGCCGGCCGACACGAGUUCCCCUUCAGCUUCCAGCUGCCCGAGGAGACGCUGGUCACCUCCUUCGAGGGGAAGCACGGCAGCAUCCGCUACUGGGUGAAGGUGAAGCUGCACCGGCCGUGGGCCGCGGUGAGGAAGAUGAAGAAGGAGUUCACCGUCAUCGAGCCCAUCGACAUCAACACGCCGGCCUUCCUGGAGCCGCAGGCUGGCACCAAGGACAAGAUGGCCCGGACAUGGUACCGCAACUUUGGACAGGUGUCCGUGACGGCCAAGAUCGACCGCAAAGGCUACACACCAGGUGAGGUGAUCCCCGUGUUCGCGGAGUUCGACAACGCGACCUCCAGGUCCAUCGUGCCCAAAGCGUACAUCACCCAGACGCAGACGUUCAUCGCCCGCGGCACCAUGAAGCAGAAGCACGCGGUGGUCGGCGUGCUGUCCGGCGACAUCGUGGGCGCCAGGUGCAGGCAGACGUGGCACGGCCGCGCCAUCAAGAUCCCCCCCGUGGGCCCCUCCAUCCUGCAGUGCCGCAUCAUCAAAGUGGAGUACAUGCUCAAGAUUUGUGUUGACGUUCCCGGCUCGUCCAAGCUGUGCCUGGAGCUGCCGCUGGUCAUCGGGACCAUCCCGCUCCAUCCCUUCGGCAGCCGGACCUCCAGCGUCAGCAGCCAGUGCAGCGUCAACCUGGAGUGGCUCCGCAUGGCCAUCCCCGAGCAGCCGGAGCCGCCUCCAGACUACAGCUCCGUGGUGACCCGGGAGGAGGCGGAGCAACGCACGGCGAUGGUCCGGCAGCCCGCCGAGGACCUGAGUGGGAUCCUGGAGCGCCCCCUCAUGGCGUUCCUUCAAGAGUUUCGCUUCCGACCUCCGCCGGUGUACAGCGAGGUGGACCCCAACCCUCAGCCCCUGAACAUGAGGCGUCGCUGCAUGACGUGUUGAACCGUUGAUCGUCCAUCAACUUUAACUUAAAGAAACAAAUCACGAGAUUUGUUUUCUCCUGGAUCCUCUCCAAUCAGCGGGCCCCCGGUUCCACGGGGACAGCGUCGCCAGGACGUGGAACCGGAGCGCCUCGGGGAGCUCAGGAGGCGGAGUUUACGGGAACUCGACGUCGGCGGAGAAGCCAACCGCUUUGUUUUUCCAAACCCGUGAAGAAGAAGAAGAAGAAGUGGACUCUUUGAGGAAAGCAGCUUCUCCACGUCGGCUCCCGUCCUCCACAAGUGACUUUUUAUUUUUGACUCCUUUUUUUAAUGACGCGAGUUACAAAUAUCUCACGAUCAAACGAUUCCCUCAUGUGAGGUGGGUUUUGAGAUUUAAAGAGUUUAGGACAUAUUUGGGGGGGGGGGGGGUGAAAGAUCACUUUGUUAGGCGGAGAGUUAAAGUUUCACCUGAGUGUCGUAAAAAGGUGCACUCUUACCUUCACAACUCUUCUUCCCCCGGCACCACCAUGUAGAUCUCAAGAACCGACAUUGCUGUCGAUGACGUCUUCUCUUAAUUAAGCACAUCCUGUACCAUGUGGAGCAGGUGGAGACGCACCUGCAGGUCACAUAUGGGAAAAGGGGGAAAAAUACACAUGACGUAAUUAUCUGCAGUUGCAGAUUGCGUGAGUUUCAUGGACUCCUUCUCUCCAUAGAGAUGAAUGUAAUCUGAGGAAAAGUGGGUUUUCAUGUAUGUGGAUGGACUCCAGAGGAGUCGAGGGCUCCAGGAGAUGAAGAUAGACGGCAGACCGGCGGCUGCGGUGGUCGAUUCUAGCGCAGCGUGGAAAUAGGAUGAAGCUGCACGAGGGUCUCAGAUUAGCUGCUAAACAACAACAGGAGGAGGAGGAGGAGGAGGAGGAGACCUGAGCCACGUGUUCUGGAGCUCCUGAUGGGAUCCAGAUGCCUCCGUGCCGUGUGACGCUCCAGCAGAACACAAGAGCCUUAAACUGGAGACGCCACCGAAACGAACGGACAAAGAACAUUCCAGAACCCGGAGGAUUGUCAGUUCUCCUCUUAACUUCCAGACGGACUGUCGCAGUCCGACAGAAGACUUCCUGGUUUGCCGAGCGACUUUUUAAAAAGUCGUCACGCACUGAAAAAAACAGAAAACACACAUUUAUAUCUUUUUUUUUUUUAUACAGAAAUUGUAGAUUCACAAUCUUGUCGAGGUUUUGUAAUCUUUUUUCUAAUAAAAAACAAAUGUUCCUCA